GGUGAAGACACAUGUGGAUAUUCAUGUCACUGUCUUCAUAAAGUAUUUUUCCAGGUCUAUGUUUUCUUCAAAAUGAGAGCAUUCUUUAUUCUUCUGCUAGUGGUCCAAGCUGUGUCCUCUGGUUCUAAUGGAAAGGCACAGAACAUGAUGAAUGAAGGCAUCAGUGGUGACUCUUCUGGAUCAGAUGACUUUGGGUCAUGUGACUUUGAGCAAAACGCCUGUGGGUGGAAUGAUACCAGUAAGGAUGAAUUUAAAUGGAGACUGGAGACGGCUAACAUCAGUUCCAUACCAGGCUUUGACCACACCACUGGACAGCCAUACGGAAAAGUCAUGCAUGUAGAAGGAAAUACUUCCAGCUUAUAUUCAGUGGCUGUGCUGGAAAGAUCUUUCUUUAAGUCCACUGCUCUUGCUUGCCAAAUAAGUUUCUGGUACCAUCUUCAUGAUGAUAUUGGAGUUAGUUCAGGCCUUUAUCUGAGUGCUUAUACAAAUACUUCAGUAUUCAAUCUCUGGAGCAUAAGGAAGGGAGCAACUAAAGGCUGGGAGAAUGCCACUGUAUUUAUUGGGAAUCGACCUGCGGUAACUAAGUUGGCGUUUUCUGUAAAUCCAUCAUUCAUUGGGGAGCAGGAUGUUAUGUUGGAUGACAUCGUCUUUCAUAGCUGCAAUGAGGGGGAUGUUCCUCCUGGGUACGAUUCCCUCACCUGUGACUUUGAAAAGGACACUUGUGCCUGGUACCCUGACCACUUUGCUAGCGUCAUGUGGAGAAAAGCUAAGAGUCCUCAAAACUUUUACCCUGCCCCAGAGUUUGACCACACCACUGGCUCAGGCUAUUAUAUGUACAUUGGGACUAAUAGGACCACUAACCCCUCCAUGACUGCCAGACUGAUAAGCUACCCUCAAAAGGACUCAGUGCGUCAGCUUUUGGUAUCACAUGUAUGGCCCCAGUAUAGGUUCUCUGAAGUUCAUCACUAAGCGACCAGGUGAAGAGGAAAUUGUUGUCUGGAUGAGAUCUGGAACACAAGGGAACAAAUGGCGCUUUGCAGAUCUCAGUUUUCCAGCUAGUGAUCUUCCAUUACAAUUCAUUUUCGAGGCUACUCUGGGAGGGACUGAUGGCAGCAUUGCGAUUGAUGAUGUGGACGUGUCGAAUGGUGUGGACGGGUCCUGUCCAGCAGAGCGAGAGUGCACUUUUCAAGGCUCCCUGUGUGGCCUGCAACGUGACUCGUCAGCAGACUUCACUUGGGUCAGAACCACGGCGAGCCUUUCCCCCAACACCUCCAGUCCAGCCAUUGAUCACACCUUGGGAACUGCUCAUGGAUAUUAUCUCAGUGCAAAUCUUUGGAAGCAUGGUAAUGGCAGCCGAGGUCGGAUGCAGACCGAUGUGAAGGCCGCGACACCUGCGAGUGGGGAGUGCUGGAUGUUCUGGUACCACAUGGAUGGAGAGGACGUGGGAGAACUCAACAUCUACCUUCAUCAGCCAGAGAAGAAUGGCACUGCCAGCCUGCAACCUCUGUGGGGGAGGAGAGGUGACCAGGGGGACCUCUGGAGACACGGCAGGGCUACUGUGCACAGUCCAGAUGCUCCUUACCAGAUUGUUUUUGAGGCAGUCGUGGGUGAUGGCUUAACGGGUGAUAUUGCCAUUGAUGACCUAGAGAUCCUGAAUGGACCUUGCCCACUGGAAGGCUUUUGCGACUUUGAGAGGGACUUGUGUGGUUGGCUAAACAGACCACAUAAUGUCACAAGGCAAGACUGGGACUGGACCUCUGCCAUAAGUGUGGGACCGUUCAGUCCUGAUGUUGACCACACAACCAAUUCUGCCCUGGGACACUACAUGGUCCUUCCUUUGACUGAUCGAGAAAUGACACACGCAUAUUUAGAGAGUGAACACAUGGAACCAACUUCCAAUGGUUGCCUUGAUUUCUGGUUUCACAUGGAAUCAUGGUUUUAUUAUGAUACAAUAAGGCUCACAGUGUAUAUGAAUGGUUCAGGUGUCUUGCACUCUCUUUGGAAUAAAACUGGCAACCAGGGUAAUGUGUGGCAUCACGUCAUGAUAGAUUAUAUGGCAUCCAGUCGAUUCCAGAUUGUGUUUGAGGGGAAAAACGACAAUGACGCUGGCAGCAUUGCCCUGGAUGACAUCUUUUUUCGGCCAAAUAUAACAUGUUCUGAGCUGCUUCCAACAACACCUGCACCUACAACUGAAGCCACCACCCCUUCUGUCUCAUCAAUGGAUUGCAACUUUGAGGAAGGUCUUUGUGAAUGGGAGCAGGACACAGAGGACAGCUCUGAUUGGCUCCGUCAGAGUGGUCUUCAGGCAAAUAGCCCCUGGCUGGGGCCAGCAUAUGACCACACAGUUGGAAAUAACAAAGGGUUUUAUCUGGUGGUGAACAUGUCGGGAGAUCAGACCCCGAGGCUGGCCAGCAUCUCUGUCCCUGUGCUCCGCCAGGCUCCUGACGUCUGUGUGGGCUUCUGGUACCACAUGCUCGGCCCCUCUGUGUCCAGUCUGGACCUCCAGGUGCAGACGAGGAUCUGGACAUCGGUAGCUUGGACAAGAGUUGGAACACAAACAGCUGAAUGGUUAAAUGCACAAGUUACUAUUCAUACUGUCGACAUGCAAAGAGUUCUUCUCUCCGCUCACUUGAACAGCACUGGGCCUGGCUUUAUAGCUGUGGAUGACAUCACAGUCAGAGAAGGACCAUGCCAGGACCAAGAUCCCUGUGGUUUUGAGAGCCAGUUAAACUGUGGUUACGAACAGGAUGUGACCAACAGUGUUGACUGGGUGCGUGUGAGUGGAACUGCAGAGAGAGUGGACCACACUUACAGAACUCAGCUCGGUCACUCCAUGGCAGUGCUCUCAGCAGACCUCCAGAUGCCUUCGCUCUCUCAGCUCCUGAGCCCAGAGAGAGGCUCCACUCCUGGGACGUGUCUGCGCUUCUGGCACUGGAUAUCAGCUGAUCAUAAUGACUCUCUCUCAGUGCACCUACUACAGGAAGAGGAGCUGAGUCCAGCGCUGUGGGCUCUGCCAGGACACGGCUCCUCUCCUGGCUGGGCGGUGUCAGAGGUCACCGUCUCCUCUCCUUUUAAACACAGAGUGGCUUUCCGUGCUGAGCUGAGCCCUGCCCCUGGUGUGUGGGUCCUCCUGGACGACGUGUCGGUCAGGGCUGGGGCCUGCACCCCUCCAGGCAGCUGUGACUUCGAGUCGGAUCUGUGCACCUGGCUGAGUCAGGCCGAAGGGGCCCCCCACAGGCAUGACUGGGUCCACGCAGACGGCCAUGCUCAGGGUCCUGGGUCUGACCACACAACCCACUCUCCUGACGGAAGGUUCUUACUCAGCAAAACGCAGAAUCCCAACAGUAAGGCUGAGCUGGCCUCAGAGUGGCUCCAACCAGACACUGACACUUGCUUUUCUCUCUGGUUUCUCAUGGGUGGGAGUGACUCAGGGACACUGCGUGUGUUCACGCACACUGUGGACAAUAAGCAGGACCUGCUCUUUGAAAAGUCCCAGAGUGGACAGACGUGGAGUCAGACGUCACAUUCUUUACGUAGGCCUUCACAUUUUCAGAUUAUUAUAGAGGCAGAGUCUGGUGGUAAAGGAUUCAUGGCCAUAGAUGAUAUUCUGGUGACCCCAGGGCCUUGUAAAGACAAUGUGCCCAUCCUUGAUUUCGGCCCUUGCCAGUUUGAAAAUGGCACAUGUGACUGGCAGGAUGUCAGUGAUGGUCAGUUCAAAUGGCAGCGGGAUCGCAAUGGCACUGCCACAGCUAACACAGGCCCCUCUGUUGACCACACAACAGGGACUGGACUGGGCUGGUACAUGGCUGUGGAGGCAAAUGAUGGUGAGCAUAACAGCUAUGCUGUUCUCCAGAGCCCAGCCAUGGAACAGGCCAGCGCCGACUGCACCCUCCAGUUCUACUACCAUAUGCACGGGGAGGGCAUCGGGGAGCUGAGAGUUCUGCUUCAGGAAGGUUCCAGAUUGACCCCAUUGUUACAGAUAUCUGGUAACCAUGGAGAUGAGUGGCAGCAGGCAGAGCUGGGAGUGGGUCGGACCCCUCAGGUCUUCAAGCUGCUCUUUGAGGCCACCCGCACCUUCAGUGAACUCGGAGACAUCGCUAUCGAUGACGUCAGUCUUCUCAACUGCACUCUGUCAGUGGCAGCUGACCACUGUGAGCCAGGAUUUUUUACUUGCACCAACCGUGUGUGUGUGGAGCCCAGCAGAGUGUGUGAUUUCACUGAUGACUGUGGAGACAGAAGUGAUGAGAUUCAAUGUGAAUCCAAGGGCUACGCCGAGCACUGCAGCUUUGAACAGGGCCUGUGCUCGUGGGAGAGUGGCGCUGGGGUUCCACAUGGGUCCAGAUGGACAUGGCAGAGAGGCGAGUCCGCCUGGCCCGCUGGUCGUGGCCCGCCGAGGGACCACACGCGCAACACUGCCGCAGGCUAUUAUAUUGUACCUGGUUAUCCACUCUUGCAAGGGCAAACAUCAGAAGUUCUCUCCAGCACCCUCCUGCCUAGCUCAAACUGCACAGUGCGCUUCUUCCACUACGCCCAGGGAGGAGGCCCCCAGGGCAGGCUGACGGCGCGCCUGCGGGUGGAGCAGACAGGCAGCUCCGAUCGGAUGCUCUGGAGUGACAACGGCACUCAGGCCUUCCGCUGGCGCAGGGCAGUGGCCAGUUUCUCCUCCUCAGGCCGCAGCAAGAUCAUCUUCCAAUUUGUGGAGAAUGGAGAAAGAGCCGGAGGACAGGUGGCAUUGGACGACAUCACCUUUUCUCCAGAGUGUGAGCAUGACCCAGACAACAGCCAGCUGCCAACCACACCAGUCAUAUGUGGGGCUGAGGAGUUUUACUGUUGGCGAUCAGAGGGUGAGAAGUGUAUCCCUGCCAACACCCAGUGCGACUACCGCUUAGACUGCCCCCUAGGGGAGGAUGAGGAGACAUGCGGUCCAUGCUCUUUUGAAUCUGGCCGCUGCCGCUGGCAGGAUAUUAGCCAGGGGGCUAACAAGUGGCAUCUACAGAAGGCGAGUGAGGACACUGACCCUCCUGUGGACCACACCACAGGCUCAGGACACUUCAUGCGAGUGAGCUCCAGCCAGGCGCAGCAGGGCCAGAAGGCCCUCCUCCAGAGCUCCCCUCUCCCGGCAGCCUCCCCUUACUGCCAGCUCUGCUUUCACUUCCACAUGGGCGGCUGGAGACCAGGCACCCUCAGCGUGUCACUGCAGAGCGCACAGGGUCAAAGAAUGCACCUGUGGUCACGCUCCAAUAACAGCUCUGCACCCUGGAGCCUGGAGCACGUACCGCUGGGCAAACAGCAGCAAGACUACACGAUCAUCUUCAGUAAUGAGGCCACAGCCACCCAGAGCUCCACUCUCAGUGGCAGUUCCGUUGCCCUGGACGACAUCUCGUUUCACAACUGUGACACAUUAUACCAGCCACCAGAUCUGACUGAUCUCAGCUGUUCCUUCGACCAAGGCUUGUGUGCAUGGGUUCAAGGCGCAGCAGAUGAUCUGGACUGGCAGAGAAGAUCUGGACCAACAGACACCGCCAACACGGGCCCAGGAGGUGACCACACCAGUGGCCAAGGGCACUAUGUGUACCUGGAGAGCUCACACCCCAGCAAGCCUGGAGAUAUGGCUCAGUUGAAUUCUCCUUUGGUUCCCCCUGUUGGUCAGUAUGGCUACUGUCUCACGGUGUGGUACCACAUGUUUGGAGCAAGAGUGGGUUCUCUGAAGGUCUUUGUGAAGAAUAUUGAAACUGGAGCAAAAACGCUGGUAUGGGAGAAGAAACAAUCUCAAAGUGACCUGUGGCAGGCCAUGCGGCAUCAUGUGGUUGCAGAGGAGGUCCACCAGAUCGUUCUGGAGGCGUCAGUUGGAGGGGAGGGAGGGGACAUUGCCGUUGACGACAUCGUAUUCACCCCAGGAACCUGUCCAUUAUCAGGCCUAUGUGACUUUGAGGAGGGAGACUGUAACUGGACCCAGCUGGCAGAUGAUGACUUUGACUGGGUCCGAGGUUCCGGCCCGACGCCCACCGCCCAAACCGGGCCCAGCGUGGACCACUCCACCAACACAGACACCGGACACUAUUACUACUUGGAGUCGUCCAAUCAGCUGCCUGCCAGCAGAGCCAGAAUGGCCUCCUCUGCCUUUCCCUCAGGCCAGGGCAAGUGCUUGCAGUUCUGGUAUCACAUGUUCGGCCAGGGGAUGGGGACGCUGAAUGUGUACCAGCAGCCGGCGGAGGGGGAGGCCGUGCUCGUCUUCUCCCGUGCAGGGAACAUGGGGGAGCUUUGGAGGUUGGCGCAGGCCCCGCUGCAGGCCACUCAGAGUACAGAGAGCUAUAGAAUUGUUGUGGAGGGUGUCAGAGGGCAAAGCGAGCAGGGGGACAUGGCCAUCGAUGACGUGCUGGUGACAGACGCACCCUGCCCUCCAGGUGGACACUGUGACUUUGAGCUGAACAUGUGCGGUUGGACCAAUUUGUACGGAGUGGAUGAAACGGACUGGCUUCGAGGUCAGGGGCUCAACCCGAGCCUGAACACAGGCCCUAGUGUGGACCACACCACCAACUCCUCUAUCGGUUAUUACAUGUAUGUGGACACUUCAGUGGGAAUGUGGGGAGAGACAGCCAUGCUGUUCAGCGACGUACUGCUCCCAGCCAGAGGGGGACACUGUCUCACAUUCUGGUUCCAUAUGUUUGGCCAGAAUGUUGGCACUCUCAGCCUGUGGACCACAAAUAAACCUGGGCCCAGUGAAUAUGACAAUGGACGCUUACUCUGGACAGCAUCGGGUAGUCAGGGGGCUGUGUGGUUAGAAGACAGCGUGUUUGUGGAGUCUGAUAAACCCUCUUGGUUUCUGUUCCUGUAUCAGAAGGGAGAGUUUCCCUCUGGAGAUGUUGCCUUGGAUGACAUUCAACUCUCGCCAGGCCCCUGUUACCCCGUGAGCCCCACAGAGCCUCCCUCCAAUAAUGAUUCCGUAUUUAUUGCGACUGGAGUGGUUAUCACACUGUUGGUGAUUGUAACAGCGAUUGUCGUUAUCUACAUGUAUAUGCUACGCAGGAGGCAUCCAGCUGAUAGUGCAGCCAUUAUUGAAAAUGACAUAUUGGAUCAGCAAUUCAGCAAUUCAGCUGCUGACUUCUAUGGAAGCACAUUACAUGGCUCAGACGCUGGUGAUGGACUUUCCAUGUCUAACAAGUCAUAUAAUCUUUCAGAAGAUUCAACAGAAGUUGCAAAUAGUUGUCCUUUCAUACUCCCAACGAGUUCCUGCAACUGGGCCACUGGUCCGGUCUGAGGACAGAUGUCAAUGGGAAGCAUACAUGCACGCACAGAUGAAUGCUUUCCUCUAGCCAAAUCUGAGAAGGCAAAGGGUCUGGAUGGGCCAAGUCAGUCCAUUUCAGGAUUCACCAAAUCUGCCUUUUUUUGUCUGAGCAAUUACCACAGGCUUUUCUCCUUCCUCUGCGGCUAUAUUCAUCCUCUCAGAGCUCUCAACAGCCUCAUUAGUCACUACAGUAUUUACAGUUUGGACCUCAGGCUUUGACUACCAAAAGCUUUUCAUCAACGGCAGUAAUGACAGGAGCUCCCCACCAAUGCACCGGCAUAGACAUCUGUAAAACCACAGUGUUUUUUUCCCUGCAUACCUAUGGUUGGUAUUCAUGUCCUCCUAUCGCUUGCGGAGGCGGCGUCCUGCCCUGCCGUCUCUGAAAUAUGAGCAGGUGAGAGCUGAAUCCCUGGGAGUGCGUGCUGGUGGGUGCUCACGUGAGGUGAAUGCAGGAUGGAGAACAGUGGUUGGAGAGGAAGCACCCAAGGAGUGGUUCGCAAGGUUCAACUUCUCUUAGUGUCGGCAGAACACCUCUGAACCACACAUGCAAAAACUGAUGUGUGACAGUGAUCAAUAUAAAGUUAUAGACACUUGCUAAAAAAUUGUGUUUAAUUAAAUAUUUGUAUUAUUCUA